UCCUAAGACCCCAUUUUUGCGUGUACCCCGACGAGAUCUUUGCGCCGUACAACGUAACUCAUCGCGCUGAUUCCGAAUAUGUAAAAAUCUCAAAUACCGCUUCUCUAGAAAAAAAUCAUCAAAUUUUAAUAUGCAACACUUAUAUGUUCAAUUUAUCCUUCAUAACUCAGUCAGUUUUAAUCCAGAUUUUAUAAAAGGAACUACCGUAAGAGUCUCAAGACUUUCGUCUUCUUACAAAUGUGGAAACUUUCACAGUGUAACCUUCCAAAGGACGAUCAAAGUCAAUGCUUUUCUCCUGAUAUUUUAUCAGCUGCAAGAGUCAGUAGAGUAGAUUUCAAUAGUGUUUUCAUUUCUUAAGAAAUGAAAUACAAUUUCUACAUAAUCACACUUACAAUCGAGAAGGACUCUUACCGAUUAUCGGUCCACUUACCGAUUAUCCAUCCACUUGCCGAUUAUCCAUCCACUUACCGAUUAUCGGUGUGUGGUUUAACAAAUCAUCGAUCGAGUGCAUGUUUUUAUCGUAAAACGACUGGAUGCUUUAAUUGCGGCGGUCGUCAUGCGGUCCGUGAUUAUAAACACCCACCACAUUUUCAUUAGCUGGGUCCGACGGUGGUGGAUCACCCAGCGAAUCAUUAAACCCAUCAAUUUCAACGACACCACAAACAUCAUCACCUAUUCAUAUUAAAGUUAGAGUUAAUGGAACACCGUCUCAAGCAAUCAUCGAUACCGGCUCCGCCAUCACUAUCAUCCAUCAAAAGCUAUUAAAAACGAUCCAUCAUCAAAAAUUCAUUUAUAAAUCAAAAACAUUAAUAACAGCAAAUUCGUCACUAUUAAAUAUUAUCGGUUACAUUCCCAUUGAAAUUCAGAUUCAGCAUAUAAAAACCAAUGUAAUUGCUGCCGUAUGCACAAAUUUAAUCACACAGUUAUUAUUAGGCAACGAUUGGAUAAAUCCUCAUAAAGUCCACCUUUUAGGAGAUCAACAGCGACUAACCCUUCCCGACCACAACGAAAAUCGUAUAUCGGCAUUGUAUCUUGCAAAUGCCGAUCAUAAUUAUCCAGUCUUACUAGUAGAGCAAAUAGUAAUGCCACCUUCUUCUGAACGAUUAACAGACGUGAAAGUCCAACUUUCCAAUGGCGAAGAUUUAAUUUUUGAACGGACGGGCAAUCUUCACACAAAAUUUAUAUUCAUACCGAACACUCUUCUUAAUGUUACCAACAAUACAGCGAAACUCUUAAUUAUUAAUGCUCAUAAUCGUCAACAUACAUUAUCCAAAAACUCAAGAUUAGGUUUUGUUUCAACGAAUCAAAAACUAGAAAUUUGUCUUACAAUGAAUUCAUCUGGUAAGAAACAUCCACGUACAAAUACUAUUAAUCCAAAUUCAUUUCAUUGUCAACGAAUGUCUGGAGCCUACCGCAAGGGAAACUCGAAUGACACCAUAUCUUUUAAUAGUCAACAAAGGUCGGGAGCUUUCCGCGAGGAAAACUCGGAUGACGUUAUAUGCAUUAAAUGUAAACAAAAGUUUUUAAUGGGAAAUGAUUUACAACGCCAUUUGAGAGAUACGUGUUAUCCUGAGGAAAUCCAAGACAUAUUUUGGAGAAAUAAAGAAUUACUUCAAUCAACACCGUCAAUUGUUAAUGUCUCAUCUCAGUCAGCAAUAAAAACAGCCGACCAUCCGCCCAUUUAUUCCAAGCAAUAUCCAGCAUCUGAGAAAGAUCAACAACUCAAAUUAGAAGAAACAAAUAAACUCUUGGCACAAGGAAGAAUAGAAGAAUCCAAUUCGCCAUGGUCCUCACCGGUUGUACUCGUUAAAAAGAAGGAUAAAUCUGUUAGAUUUUGUAUUGAUUAUCGUAAAUUAAAUGCAAUUACCAUUAAAGAUGCAUACCCGAUAUUCCAAAUACCACUCUCAAAAGAAGACCGUCCAAAAACAGCUUUUUCGACUCGUGACGGUCGUUUUCAGUUUACAGUGUUACUACAAGGAAUAUCAAACGACCCAGCGACGUUUCAGCGAAUAAUUAAUAAUAUAUUAGGACCAGCACGUUGGCGAUAUGCAUUGGCAUAUAUUGAUGAUGUCAUAAUAUAUUCAAGGACAUUUGACGAACAUACUGGUCAUUUAAAAGAAAUCUUACAAUUAUUAAAUGAAUCAAGAUUUAGACUAAAUCCCGAAAUAUUAAAAACAGAAACUCAGUAUUUGGGUCAUAAUAUAAAAAAUGGAGAUAUUCGUCCGAACGAAGAAAACAUUAAAUGUUUACUUAACACCAGCAGCAGCAGAGGAGGCUUGUAG